UCUUGGUUGACAAGAGUGGUCGAUAACCAUAACCUGAUAAUGAAGGCGUGGUGUUGAAAAAAUAACACUAAGUUAUUUUUUGUUUUCUGUUUCUUUUUUUUUAAUAUGGUAAUUUGGUAAGUUUGUAAAUGAUUGUUUUAUUUUUAACUUGCAUUUUUAGUAUUUAAAUAUUUUUUUUUACAUAAAAUGAUGACAAUUCCUUAAUAACCUGUUAAAACUUAAGAUGGGUUGGGUCGUUGAAGAGAUUUGCUGCUCGUUAUACAUUUCUUACAGAAAGGAGAAGUGGACGGCUUUUAAUGAAAAUGAAAGUAGUUCUUAGCCAAUUUCACCAGUGACAACAUUGGAUUUACUUACCUCUUUAUCGUCAUGGUGAAAAAAUAAGUAAUCGGUAUCAUGGAUCCCCAUCUUACGUUGCCUUCUGCUUGGAAGCCUUAUCAAGAGCCAGCACAGCAAUUGUGAUUCGUUGCAUUUACAAACAGCAUACACGGACACUAUGGGUUGUGAGGUACGUCAUCAUUUUUUAAAGGUCAUUUAAAUUUUAUGAUUUAUAAUCCAUAGUUCAUUUAAUAAUGAAAGUCCCUUGCUUUGCUUUUUAGCCCCCACAAAUAAAUAUACCCUUGGAUAAUAUUUAUAUCAUUUACAACUUUUAUGGGAUUGCCAUAUUAUAAUUUCCCAGUUAUAGUUAAGAGAUUCAUUUUAUCUUCAGUUACUUUGUGCUGGUUAGAUAAUUUGAGUGUUGUAUCAUAUUUUGGUAUUUUCUCAUUUGCCACUUUUAUGUUAAUUAGUCGUUUAUUCACAUUCGUUGUUUUUACUACUUAGGUGGUUAUUCGUUCGGCUUUACUGUAAAUUUGGCUUGUUGUAUACAAGUAAUAUACUUAAUACGCAAAGUGGACCAUUGCCUCUAGGUAAUUAUUAUUUGAUGGUGUUAAGUGAAAUCCAUUAUUGAUACAAUACAUAUAUUUGAAUGGCAUUCCUGUGUUUAAAUAAUUUAUUAGUGAUUUCGAUAGUUUAAAUUACCAUUUGAAGUGUAACUGGUAUUUGGUAUUUUAUAUUUAUCUAGGGGUUCUUGAGAAUGGUAAUUGGAAGUUGGAGAUGCUUGACCAUCGCUUUGACCUCCAUUUAAGGCGAUCAUCUUCGACAGCAGCAACAACAGCAUUAGCUUUAAUUUGAGCAGCAAUACAUGAAACCAUUUUAUUAUAUCUUCUUAGUAGUUUUUUAAUUAAAGUUUUUAAAGUUCAGAAUUUUAUUAAGGUUUCAUUAAAAUAAGAAAAUUACUCUUUGUAUUAAUUUUCCAAUUACGUAGUAAAUUUUUCGAGACAUGGUGCUAGAUGUGUCAUAAAAUAUUUGGUACAGAAAAUUCGUCACUUAAUCGCCAUCAAAACAGCACAUGAUAUUUAAAGGAGUUGGCUUUUAUAAAAUCUUAAUAUCUUAUAAAAACAUAUCUUUCUCAGUUUUAUAUUAUUUAUUGAACUCAUUUUCUUAAAAUAUCUGUGCUGCUUACUAUUUUGUUUACGUUUUUUCAUGAUAUUGUUACACAUUUCGUUGACGAUGAAUGUUUCUGGGUUAUUUGUUGCUACGUGCUUUAUCUACUUGUUUACUUUCUCAAAUGUCUUCAUACACAGAUAUGUCUGUGCCUCAAUAUAAUUUUAAGUAUAUAAAUUACACCUUGCCCGUAUCCCUUUACAAACAACUAUAUUCACUUCACGUAAACAGUAGAGAAUGGCAGAAAAAUUACGUCACGGGACAGUGGAGUUCCUGUCACCCCUGCAGUACCUACGAGCUGUCAGUUCUCGUGUUCCACCUUCAACCAGCAGACAUGUCCAAGGAACACUGGUCUCGACAGGUAACAAAGACCGUGAGGCACGAACUGCAGCAAUUAAAGAAAUCACUGCACAUCUAAAGCAAUAUGUUGCAAACAUGAAUGAAGUAGAGGUAAAGCGUAAACUAGCUCUGCUUCGAAAUCAACAUAGGAGGGAAAUGCGCAAAGUAAGAAUGGGCAAAAAAUCAAGAGCUGGAAGCAAAGACCAGUACACACCAAAAUUACGGUGCUUCCACGCCUUAUCAUUUUUAAAUUCCGGUGAUACAGUACGGCCAUCAUUGUCAAACCUCGACAGUAGUGAGGAGACAUCAUUUGCGGAAAUAUCAGACCAUGAGAUAUUCAACGAUCCACUUCUGUUGGAAAUUGACGAACCAUCUGUUACUCCAAGAUCACCCGUUGCUUCGCCAUCAGACACUCCAACAGUCUCUGGUAUGACAGACACUAUUUCCUCAACUCCAACCGCUAAUGUGAAUAGCCAGAAACGCGAGGCCACACCUAUACCGGUAACGAGCGGAAAACUUGCAACUACCCCUUCAACGAGCAGAAAGCGAGCAACCAAAACGCCUUGUGCCCCUGAUGAUGUAUUAUAGGAAACUCUCCAUCAGCUGAAAACUAUUAACAUCAUCCGAGUAUAUGAUUAACAAUGAUGAAUGUAUUGCUUUAGGUGUUGUAAUUGCUAAUGACCUCAGACAGAAUUUCUGCACAAAAACUUGUUAAUGACAUCCUGUUUUUAGGUAAAUUAGGCAAGAUUUCUGCGUCAACUAAGAUUGUAGAGUGAGUUGUUAGAGACAGAAAUGUGUUCAUAGAUAUGCCAUAUCACAAUACACAAGUGUUAAAUGUCAUUGCAUGAUUUUGAAUAUUUACUUAUUCAUAUUUAGCAUUGUGCAUACUGUAAUGUUGACAUGUAU